AUGGCCUGCCGGUCCUCCCACAUCAGCUGGAAGAGUGGAACCAAGAAUUUCAGUUCUUGCUCAGCUGUGGUUCCUAGACUUGGAGGUCGAGCAAGUGGCAAUGCCCUCUCCUACCGAGGGGGAAGCCCUGGGGGUCUGGGAUCCAGGAAACUUGGGGGCUUUAGCAGCUGGAGUCUUGGUGUUGUAGGGCCCCCUCAAAUUUCUGUAGGCUGUGGACGCCCUCUGCGCGGUGGGGGCAGUUUUGGCUACCGAGUUGGGGGCCUGUGUGGGCCCAGUCCCCCCUGUAUUACAUCUGUUACCAUCAAUGAAAGCCUUCUGACCCCACUCAACUUGGACAUCGACCCCAAUGCUCAAUGUGUGAAGCAUGAGGAAAAAGAGCAGAUCAAGUGCCUUAACAACAAAUUUGCUGCCUUCAUUGAUAAGGUUCGGUUCUUGGAGCAGCAGAACAAGCUGCUGGAGACCAAAUGGAACUUCUACCAGAACCAGAGAUGCUGCCAAAGCAACAUGGAGCCCCUGUUCAAUGGCUACACAGAGACUCUGAAGCGGGAGCUGGAAAUUGUUGAGACUGAUAGUGGACGUCUGUCCUCUGAGCUCAACCACAUGCAAGAGGUGUUGGAGGGCUACAGGAAGAAGUAUGAAGAGGAGGUAGCACUCAGAGCUACAGCUGAAAAUGAGUUCGUGGUCCUGAAGAAGGAUGUAGAUGGCGCUUACCUUCGGAGGGCAGACCUGGAAGCAAAUACUGAGGCCCUGAUGGAAGAGAUUAACUUCCUUCAAGCUCUGUAUGAGGAGGAGAUUCGGAUACUCCAGUCACAGAUCUCAGACACUUCUGUGGUGGUGAAGAUGGACAAUAGCCGGGAGCUCAACAUGGAUUCUGUUGUUGCUGAGAUUAAGGCUCAAUAUGAUGACAUCGCCAGCCGUAGCAGAGCUGAGGCUGAGUCUUGGUACCGAAGCAAGUGUGAGGAGAUGAAGGCCACUGUGAGUCGGCAGGGAGAGAAUCUCCGGAGAACCAAGGAGGAGAUCAAUGAGCUGAACCGCAUGAUCCAGAGGCUGACGGCAGAGCUGCAGAAUGCCAAACAGCAGCGCUGUAAGCUGGAGGCUGCAGUGUCAGAAUCAGAACAGCAGGGCGAGGCAGCUCUGAAUGAUGCUAAAUGCAAACUGGCAGAGCUGGAGGAAGCGCUGCAGAAAGCCAAACAGGACAUGGCCUGCCAGCUGCGCGAGUACCAGGAGCUGAUGAAUGUGAAACUGGGACUGGAUGUAGAAAUUGCCACCUACAGGAAGCUGCUGGAAGGAGAAGAGAACAGGUUGUGCGAGGGUGUUGGCUCAGUCAACAUAUGUGUGAGCCGUUCCCAGGGUGGUGUGGUCUGUGGAGAUCUUUGCCCCACUGUCUCUCGAGGGACAGGGUCUGUGGGUGUCAGCACCAGUGCUGCUGGGAUCUGCUCCCCAUCAGGGGGAGUUGGUUGUUCCAGUGCAAGGUCUGUCAGGUUUGCAUAGAAAGGAACUUGACUUGGACAAAAAGGGGCUUGAAGAAAAGUGUUUUUUGAUUCUUUCAGAUCAGAGCAUCAUAAAGCAGCCCAGUCAAGGGCUCUCAGUUAUCUUUCCAAUGCUAAAUCCAGUGGAAAGAGUUUUGGUUUUGGAAUCAGAGGGUCUGUCUUCAAACUCCCCCUGCGAUGCUUCCUAUUCGUGAGUUCUUGGACAAGUCAUUUAUACCUAGUAUUUAAAUCACUUCCCCUACUUGAGUAUCAAUUUUCUCAUCUGUAAAAGGAGGGGGUAGGACUCAAUGUCCUUCAAGGAAACUUGAUAGAUCUGUAACCUUUUUAUCUCUCUGUCAUUUUAUUUACUUUUGUUUAAUUAAUGUUUGGUUGAAGUUAUCAUCACCUUGGUUGACUCCCACAGGUAGGAACUUGGAAAGGAAGAUCUUGGACAGACCACCACCUCUAAAGUUUCUUUCCUAGGCAUCUGGAAGUUGUGAAUCUUGUAAAAUGAUGCCUUCAAGCUAAACAUUCUGGUUCAUCAGCCAAGCCAUUCAGACUUAAGGAGUUAACUGCUCUUGGGCUGAGGGGUACAAUUCAUUGCCUUUAACUAAUUGACAGGUACUAGUGAGGAUAAAUAAUGAACAGUUAAGAAUGAUCCUAUAGGAUUAGGGAAGAUACAUUCCAACCUCUUCUAUGAAAAGUUCAUAUGUAAGAAAUGGGACGCAGUUCUCUGGAGAUCAAAUUUAUUAAGCAGUUAGUUAACCAAGAUAGAACAGGCCCUGCUUGGAAUUUUUGCUUAGAGAACCCAGAAUUUAAGUUUCUGUCUCUAUUUAGACUCUAAGUUUUAAAGAGUUGUUAGAUAUUUGCCUGAUAUGGCUCUUCCCUGUUUCUUCUCCCUUUACCCUUACCCUAACUUUUUAAAAGUUUCACUCCUAAAUCCAAUCUCUAAUGACAUCACCAAUUCUUUUUUUUUAAUUUUAAUUUUAUUUUAUUUAAUAAUAACUUGACAUCACCAAUUCUUGAGGUGUUCUCCCUCAGUUCUGUCCCUUUGGCCUGAAGUGAUUGGAAUAGCCCUUUGGGCAGGAAAAGUGACUCCAGGUCUAGUGUUCAUCCCACUAUAUCAGGUUAAAGAUAUAUCUUCUGGUCAUUGCUUCUCUAUUUACUUGUACUAAGAGGCCUCUGUGUUCAUCUCACAGAUCAAUUUGAAAUAGAGGAUUUUAAAAAUGAUUUACCCCUUUACUCUUCCCCAAGGAGAAUGUAUCUCCACUAAGUAUACUGGGAACAAUAUUUUCUUUUUAUUCAUAGGAAAAAAGUGUCAGUGGCUAGGUUGUUCUGUAAUAACAGCAGCUGUUCACAUGGCCUCAUUUUCCUGCUUUUGGUAACCACAAAUAAGCUAUCAUAUUAUUGAUUUUAUGAUAAUUAUAUGUAGUACAUAAUUUUAACAUAUAGUAGCUAGGGUAUAUGGUACAGUAGCAAGCGGAUGUAGUACAUAAUUUUGCAGCCAUGUGAUUCUACCUCUAGUCCAGUCAAAUAGUUUGAUCAACACUUAACCAAAUGUCCAUGUUCAGGCUUUCCCAGAGGCUGUAGUAUCCUCAUGAUCCAGCAGAGGGCUUCAGGCUAAUUAUUGUUUCACCUAAUUGAGCUUCCGGCAAUUAUAGGAUGGCAAAAGCCCUGGGUUCAUCUUUUAAAUAAAGAUGCCCCAAUAUUACUACAAUAGCAAAAAAAAAAAAAUUCACCUUUGUUCUUAAGUUUCCACCCUACAUUUGUCUAAUUUCUCUGAAGACAAGUUUAGCCUCUUUACUUUAUAGAUUAGGUCAUUGAAUCCCCAAGUGAUGAAGUGCCUUGCCCCAAGAGACUCAGUUAAUUAGUAGCUGAGCUGGAAUUCUAGGACAUAUUAUUUCCAUUUCUGGGCUCUUUCCACAGCACGGUUUUAGCAAUCAUUAUCUAGUCUAGGCCCUUCAUUUUAGAAAUGUGGAAAAUGAUGCUCAAAGAUGGGAAAUGACUUGCCUCGUUUCACAGUUUUUUCUCACAGUUUGGUGAUGAUAGUGGGAAGGAAACUGGUAAUUACUAGUUGAUCACAUCAAUGAAUCCUAAGUCUCUGUUUUUAGGAUUUUUUUCCCUUAUUAAUGAUCUCUAAUUAUCUAAAGCCAUCUCUUCCCCCCACCAUUUUCAUUGCCUAAUUACUUGCUUUCCUGAAUCAUUGCCCCAGAAUGGCACCCCAAGCCAAAGGCUCAAGGAGACUUCCAAAAUAAGUUGUACUCAAAGUGGUCUUUAAUUAUUGAUCUCAUUCUGAAUUUGCAAUGUUCAUAGAGAUAGGAAGGAACUAAAACAGUUUAAAGUCCACUGUGUUCUGGGAUUUAAAAAGAUGAGAAAUAUCAUGAUUCAUUUCUUCCUCCAGACCAUAAAUCAAGCUUGAUAUUUAAAGAAAGUUGAGGAAGGCAAUUCCUUCAGCCUCUGUGUAGGUUGCUUUAGCUCAGUUGGUGAUGCUUGCUUAAUAUUGGAGCUUCAAAGUAAAAAAGGAAUCUUAAUCAUAAGUAGAGAUAUGUUCAUCUUGUAAAUAGGGAUUUAUUCAAAUGAAGUCUAUUUCUAUUUUGUUCGCCGUGUUUUCUGGGACCACUCACCUAUACAAUUUAUUGUUUGGGGCUGUUCCUCCUGGAGUUUUUGUAAGUUACUUUUCACAGUUUCUUGUUUCUGUAAAUUCCUCUCAAUAAAACUCUAUCUUUUGGUUA